AUGGAAGAGAAAAUUCUGAGAGGAACCGAAAAGAAGAAAGUUAGUAAUGGAAAAACGAUGAAGACUGUGUUCAGUGACUUUCUUGGCAGAGAAGACAAGCAUGAGUUUUCCAUGGAAAUGAGUGAAAGGAGUCUCAAAAGGAAAGGGAAAGAAGUAGAAAGUAAUGAUAAAGCAUCAAAGAGAAUGAAGACUAAAGUAGGAUGCAGUAAGGAUAAAUCAAAGUUAGAAUAUUUGUUAGAGGCAGUGUCCUUAUUCAGUGCAUACGAAGAGGAACGAAAUUUACCUGAUAAUAGGCAUGACUUGAGAAACAGUGAGGAAGAAGGUCAUUUGCUGCCAAGAGAAUUUCAGGAGAAGAUUAAAGAACUCAAUGGAUCUGAGAUAAAGUUUGUGAUCGAAAAGACGCUUUUUAGUACAGAUUUGGACCCAAAGCAUGCUCGCUUGUCCAUUCCACCCUCAAAGAUUGCCAACAAAUUUCUUUCAGAAACUGAGGAAUCGUCAUUGGAUGAAUGUAUCAAAGAAAAUGGAAGGCUUGUUGGGUUGCCAGUGACUGUGUUGGAUCCAUCUUUGAAAGAGUACAAGAUGU